AUGAAGCCCCCAAUGCAGCGCAACAUGGUUUUCACCUCUUUGUUGCUGAUAUAUAGUCUUGGCCUUUGCCUGAUUGCGAGUUCUGAUCUGGCUGCAGAUAGAGCUGCCUUGUUGGCUCUCAGAACAGCCGUUAAAGGCCGUUCAAUGGCGUGGAACGUAACGGAGACCAACCCCUGUUCAUGGCCUGGCGUUACAUGUGAGUCAGACCGAGUCAUUGAGUUGAGGCUUCCGGGUCGGGCACUCGUUGGGCAACUCCCUCUGGGUCUCGGCAACCUGACCCAACUCUCGACCCUCUCUCUACGCCUAAACGCGCUUUCAGGCCAAGUCCCAAAUGACCUUGUCAACCUCGUCAACCUCAAAAAUCUCUACUUGCAAGGUAACUCAUUCUCGGGUCCGAUUCCAGAAUUUUUGUUCAAUAUGCAAAGCCUUAUGAGAUUGAGCCUUGCUAAAAAUAAAUUCUCUGGUGAAAUUUCGCCGGGGUUUAAUAACUUGAUGAGUUUGGUAACUCUGCAUUUGGAAGAGAAUCAGCUUACUGGGUCAAUUCCUGAACUGGGUUUGGCCCUUGAACAAUUCAAUGUUUCGUCCAACCAGUUAAACGGGUCGAUCCCUUCAAAGCUUUCGCAUUGGCCCGAAAACGCUUUCGAGGGAAAUUUGCUUUGUGGGAAGCCAUUGAAGGCCUGUAAUGGGACAGAGUAUACUGGGAAGAAGAACAAGUUGUCUGGUGGGGCAAUUGCAGGGAUUGUGAUUGGUUGUAUUUUUGGUCUCUUCGUUAUUAUUGCCAUUGUGAUCUUUUUGUGUAAGAGAAAUAAAAAUGGUGAAGAGGGUACAGAGUAUGUUGCUCCAGCGAAGGUUCGGGAAGUUGAAACCGCCAGUGGAAGGACAGGGGUGGAUAGUGAGAAUUUGAGUACUGAUUUCUCGGCUGCGUCCAAAGGGAAUGUGAAGAGUGGUGGUGGGAGUAAGAGUUUGGUGUUUUUCGGGGAUGCAGUGAAGGUGUUUGAUUUGGAGGAUUUGUUGAGGGCAUCGGCCGAGGUGCUUGGGAAGGGAACUUUUGGGACUACCUAUAAGGCGGCUUUGGAAUUGGGGGUGUCCAUGGCAGUGAAGAGGUUGAAGGAGGUGACUGUACCGGAGAAGGUAUUUAGGGAAAAGAUUGAAGAAAUUGGGGGAAUGGAUCAUGUGAAUUUGGUCCCACUGAGGGCUUACUAUUACAGCAGGGAUGAGAAGCUUCUUGUGUAUGAUUACAUGCCUAUGGGAAGCUUAUCUGCUCUUUUGCAUGGAAACAGAGGCGCUGGAAGGACUCCAUUGAAUUGGGAAACAAGGUCUGGCAUUGCUGUUGGAGCUGCUCGUGCAAUUACAUACCUACAUUCCCAUGGUCCUACGAUCUCACAUGGAAACAUUAAAUCUUCAAACAUUCUUCUCACUAGAUCCUUUGAAGCAUGUGUCUCUGAUUUUUGCCUUGCUCAUCUUGCAAGCCCAACCGCUACUCCCAACCGCAUUUCUGGUUAUCGUGCUCCAGAACUCACAGAUGCUAGCAAAGUAACCCAAAAAGCAGAUGUUUACAGCUUUGGUGUAUUGCUUUUGGAGCUGCUUACAGGAAAGGCUCCAACCCAAGCUAUCAUGAAUGAGGAAGGAGUAGACCUUCCAAGAUGGGUUCACUCUGUGGUCCAAGAGGAGUGGACUGUUGAGGUGUUUGACCUCGAGCUUCUUAGGUACCAGAAUGUUGAGGAGGAUAUGGUUCUACUUUUACAGAUUGCACUUGAAUGUACCGUUCAGCACCCUGAUAAUCGCCCUUUAAUGGGCGAGGUAACUAGCCGAAUUGAGGAGCUUUAUAGUGCCAGCUUAAAGCAUGGACAAGAUGCAAAUCCUGAUACAUCUCGUGAUGUGGAUGAUGGGCUUUCUCAGCAGCAUUUCUCAGCUGACUCUCAUAUACGUCCAUAA